AUGAAUCCUUCUCUCCUCCUGGCUAUUCUUUGCUUGGGAUUGGCCUCAGCUCUUCCAAUAUUGGAUUAUCGUUUUGAUGCAAAAUGGCAGGAGUGGAAGUUAAUGUAUGGAAAAACAUACGACAUGAACGAAGAGCUAUAUAGGAGAGCCAUAUGGGAGAAGAAUAUGAAAAUGAUUGAAAUACACAAUGAGGAGUACAAAGAAGGGAAGCACAGCUUCACCUUGGCAAUGAAUGACUUUGGAGACAUGACAAAAAAAGAAAUUAGGGAAAGGAUGAUGGGCUUGAAAAUCCCUAAGAAAAAGAAAGGGAUGGUAUUCCAGGAAAGGCUGACUGGUGAUGUCCCAGACUAUGUGGAUUGGAGAGGAAGAGGCUAUGUGACCCCCGUGAUGAAUCAGGGUGCUUGUAAUGCCUGUUGGGCUUUUAGUGCUGCUGGGGCCCUAGAAGGACAGAUGUUCCGGAAAACUGGCAGACUAGUUGCACUGAGUAAACAAAACCUAGUGGACUGUUCUCAGCCUCAAGGUAAUGACGGAUGCAGUGGUGGCUGGAUGGAUCAUGCCUUCGAGUAUGUUUACGAGAAUGGAGGCCUGGACUCAGAGGCAGCCUAUCCAUAUGAAGACCAGGAAGGACCCUGCAGGUACAGACCUGAGUAUUCUGCUGCUACUGACACAGGCACUGUGUACAUCCCUUCUUCAGAGGAGGUACUUAAGAGAGCUGUGGCCAUUGUGGGGCCCAUUUCUGCUGCUAUUGAUGCAAGUCAUGAUUCCUUCAACUAUUAUAUAGGAGGCAUUUAUGAUGAACCGGCCUGCAGCAACACAAGUGUGAAUCAUGCUGUUCUGGUGGUUGGCUAUGGAUACGAAAGGCAGCAAUCACAGAUCAGAAAAUACUGGCUGGUUAAGAACAGCUGGGGGACAAAUUGGGGCAUACGGGGCUAUAUAAAGAUAGCCCGAGACGAAAACAACUACUGCGGCAUUGCCUCAUAUGCCAGCUUCCCAACUGUGUGA